GUGCUUAAUAAAAAAUUGCUUUGAUUUCUUUGAUGACUCAGUCUUAUUAGCAGACCUCAGCUCUUUCUGUCGCUAUGUUGGCUACUAAAUCGAUUCGUUUUUAUCUGCUCCUGAUCUUUGUGGCUUCACCUCACAUUUCCUCAUCCACCCGAGUAAAUAAGACUGUCUCGGAUGGCAAAGUUUUCAUCACUGGAGACCAUAAUGAAGUAGUUAUGUCUUCCACCCGAGAAACGAAACUGGAAUUGGCUAAAAUCAAAAAGAAAGUAAAGUUAUUAAGCGAGUCGAAUGAAGAUUUUUCCAAUUUACUUCACGCCAUGAACUUGAGGCUGACAGGCUUGGAGAAACAAGGUGGGAUUAGCUUUCUUUCUUGAUGUAGAUGAGGUUACUGAAUGCCUUUACAUUGUAUUGGACUGCUCCUUGCAACUUGUAAACAUUACCUUUUAAAAAAUACAUUACUUGUGCGCUUCUCACUCACCAAAAUUUCUCAAAUUUCGAUUUAGAAAAGAGAGUGCUCUCUGAGUUCCUCACGGUUUAGGUUGCAUAAAUUUGUGUUUUCAGAAUUAGUUUUAGUCGGACUAAGCUUUUCAUGGGCUAUACUGAACUACGUUAGUAAUAGCGUGGAAACCUGUCACUCGAAUGUUAACUGCUGGCGCACGAGGCGAGUAACUUAGUAAGUUGUACAGAACUCAUAACUGUUAUUAUUUGUGCAUCAUGAAAAAAUUGUUUCGCUUCUUUCAGCGGCCACUUGGGUUGUGAUACCAAGCUUUUCACGCUUGAAAAAAAAUUUUUUUUGAGGGGUUGCGUGGUAUGCUCAUAAAAAAAAACCAACAACGACAUUUCUUGGAAAGCUGUUGUUGUAAUCAGACUCACUCGACCAAUGGUUUGAAAAAGGUAUAGGGUGACAGUUCUCCUGAAAGCGUCAACAGUAAUCUAUAGAACUAUAUAACAUUUUGUUAUUGAACUAUCCUUGUGAAUUGUAUCAAAUCAGUAGUUGCGCCAAAAACAAUUAAAUCUAAAGAGGUCUCGAAAGCAGUUUUGACAAAUAAAAAAACUGAGUAAUUCUACAGUUGCAGGAUACGCUCUGCAAUUUCCACGAAAAGGAGUCAGUGAUUACGUCAUCAUCACACGUGGUAUGCCAAACUUGUCAGCUGUGACGGUUUGUCUGUGGAUAAAAACCGCUGAUACUGGAAAUGAAGGAACACCCCUGAGUUAUUUGGUAUCUGGAGGACGCAACGAGCUUCUCCUAUAUGACUAUAGAAAUUUUAAGUUCAUCAUCAACGAUCAGAGGUUUGAGUAUUUCAUCUGAAGUUUUGUCUUGUUGUUAAUCACAAUAGUUGUUUUGAUUUAAAGUUGCUGUGAGAUUUAAGAUACUAAAAGUACACUUCUCGCGUUUUGCUGCUAAUUAUAGUUGUUCUACUUCUGUAUCCGCCAAUGAUGGAAAGUGGCAUCAUAUCUGCGUAACAUGGGAGAAUACCGCUGGAUCAUGGAAAUUGUUUCGAGAUGGUUCGGUUGCCGCUUCUGGCAAAAGUUUCCAAACAGGUAAAUUCUUCUUUUCGUAACGGUCCAUGCAGUAGUAUUAGUUGUAUAGUGUAGGUAACUGCUUAUACGAAGCAGCUGAAAUGACAAAACCGUAAGGAUUCCACAAAAUUCGAAGAUUGAUUGAAAUAAACGAAGUACGAAGUAAACGAAGACUUAAAAGUAGUUUUUAGAUAGACGUAGAUAGACUUAUACUCCAAACAAACCAAAGCUUAAACAUGCUUUAAAGCUGUUUUAUUGAACACAGUCAGUGAAAAGGUUGUUUUCUACAUGGAAUCUACCUAAACCAAUGUUUACUGUUGACCGUUAAAUGUUGUCAACUACUUGAAACCUAUGGUAAAUUCACUCAGUUUCUGAUUUUCAUUCAGUGAAACCCAGUGUGCAUUUACAUCGUAAAGACCACUGCAAACGAAACUCCCCGAGAGGAAACUGCAUAAAAUUAUCGUGGAAACUAACCGCGAAUAAUUACGCCGUGAACUAAACUGCCUUGUUCGGACAAAAAACGAUCAGUUAAAAUUGCCGCUUGAAUGCUCCAUAUGUGGUUUGCAAGUUAACGCUGAGAAAAACCACUGUAAGAAGCUGAAAAAGGCGAAAGAAGACUGUUUCCUCAUGUACUUUCCGCUUCCAGCAUGAAGAAAUAUCCUGACAAGACAAUUUGACGAGCGAAGUUUAUUCAGCGUCUUAACGGUUUCAACUACAAAGUCACACUGCACAAUGAAUAAUAUUUUUAGCGCGAUCUACAGCUAAUUGAAUAUGAACAAAGAAUGGUCCGUAUUGGGAAUAACGAUCUAAACAAUAUAUAUCGGUAUAUCAUUGAUCAAAAAAAAAGGAAAGAAUGAACUCACUUUCCGGUCUUGUUAUCAUUUCCUCCAGGUAUUUUCUUAAUCAAAGCAAAAGUUGAAUCUUUUUUAACUGGUAAAUUUAUCUUUUUCCUGAAUUUCUUGUUAAUUUCCUCACAGGUUACGUGAUUCGUGCAAAUGGAGCCCUGACACUAGGGCAGGAGCAAGACUCAAAGGGGGGAAAGUUUGAAGCCAUUCAAUCUUUCAUCGGUGAAAUGACAGGAGUCAACAUUUGGGAUCACGUUAUAAAAGACCAAGAAAUCGCACGCAUGUCAAAGUCGUGCCUGACAGGGAUGGGCAACGUGUUUCAGUGGCGCGAGUUCAAAGCUCACAUAAAGGGCUCAGUGAAGAUAAUUAAGCCAUGGUGCUGAAUUGAAAACAUCCGUGGUGUGAUUUGUAAACAUCGGGAAGGAUGUUACAUUAAAGAUAAAUUUUGAC